GCCUGGGCUCUGGCCUCCCGCGCCGCCCGGCCGCUCCGGGGACGGGCCGGGGCGGGGCGCGGCGGCAGGAAGCGGGGCGGGGACUCGCGGAAGCCUUGGGGAGCGAGGGAGGGCGCGGCCAACUCCCGGAGAGAAGACAGGCCGAGAGAGCGGCGCCCCGGCCUGGCGCCGAGCCUGAGCCAGCCGGACGGGAGGCGGCCCAACCGCGGGCUCGGCCUCGGCCCCAGCCCCGCCAGCAUGGCCGGCCGGACCGUGCGGGCCGAGACCCGGAGCCGGGCCAAGGAUGACAUCAAGAAGGUGAUGGCGACCAUCGAGAAGGUCCGGAGAUGGGAGAAGCGCUGGGUGACUGUGGGCGACACUUCCCUUCGUAUCUUCAAGUGGGUGCCAGUGGUGGACCCCCAGGAGGAGGAGCGACGGAGGGCAGGUGGCGGGGCAGAGAGAUCCCGAGGCCGGGAGCGGAGGGGCAGGGGCGCCAGUCCCCGAGCGGGUGGCCCUCUCAUCCUGCUCGAUCUCAAUGAUGAGAACAGUAACCAGAGUUUCCAUUCGGAAGGCUCCCUGCAAAAGGGCACCGAUCCCAGCCCUGGGGGCACCCCCCAGCCCAGCCGCCCUGUGUCACCUGCUGGACCACCAGAAGGGGUCCCGGAGGAUGCUCAGCCCCCACAGCUGGGCCAGGAGAGAGAUCCUGGGGGCAUAACUGCGGGCGGCACCGAUGAACCUCCAAUGCUGACCAAGGAGGAGCCUGUUCCGGAAUUGCUGGAGGCUGAGGAUUCAGGAGUGAGGAUGACCAGGAGAGCCCUCCACGAGAAAGGCCUGAAAACAGAGCCCCUCAGGCGGCUCCUUCCCAGGAGGGGCCUCCGGACAAACGCCCGGCCCAGUUCUGCGGUGCCUCAGGAUCCCAGAGCUCCCGUGGGAGGAAGCAAGGCCCCGAGGGCACCGAGGACGACCCCCCAGGGGAAGGGGAGGUGAGCCGGCUCCCCAGGCAAGGUGAGGCCCUUAGGCUUCCCUUGGCCGCCCCAAGAUCCAGCCACCCACCCGUGCCCCCCGAGGGUGCAGAGAGCUUCCCAGCUCCACAGCCACCGCGGGAUCAUCGAGGGCGAGUGGCCCCAGCCUGACCCGAACCUAAGGCCAUAGCACCCAUCUGGCUCGCCACUGACACCCGCUCAGAGCGGGCUCGACCACACCCCAAGUGUGGGAAGGGCUUCGGGCACAAUCGUACCACAUCGAGCGCCUGAGGACGCAUCGCAGCCAGAGGGUCCGGAGUGCUGGGUGCGCGCCCGGCCUCCACCCCGGGAGGGGCUGCACGGGAAGCGCCCGGGCCUCCGCCAGCCUCCGGCCGAGGCCCGGGGAGGCAGCACAAGCGCAGAGACCCUGCGUCACACGCGCAUCUCUCCACCCCCUCCCUACUGCCUCCCCGAAGGCCUACGGAUGCCCCGCCUGCGGGUGGGUUCCGUUGAUCCCUGGAGGAUCUGCAGCAAGACCUCCCGGCGGGGCCCCCGGGGGCCGGAAGCCUUCCCGCCCAGGCGCCCGCCUCGCCCACGUGGGGAUGCGGAAGGUGGCCUGGGCUGGCUGGCGGGGAGCUCACAAAGCUUCUCAGCCACCCCCAGCAGACCCCACCUGGAGAAGGCCCGGGGCAAGUGAGCCCUUUGCGCGGUUCCAAUGGACGUCACCGAGUUCUUGCUUGCCCACUCCACUGCUGGGCCCGUCGUACUACGAAAUAAUCACGUCUCCCAUUGGUUGAGGGCUUACUCCGUGCCAGGCUUUGUGAUUUAUGGGAAUGACCUCAUUCAAUCCUCACCACACUCCUGUGCCAUUGGGGUUCUCAUUAUCAGCAUUUUACAGAAGGAGAAACUAAGUCUCAGAGAGGUUAAGGGACCGGCCCAAAGUCACACGGCCAGUAUGUGGCAGAACCGGCUUCAGACCCAGGUCUGCCUGCCUGACUCCACAGCCCGCCCCACAGCACUGCUUCUCCUGCCGGUACGCGAGUGAAGGGUGCAGGUUUGACAGGACAUCUACUUAUGAAGCAUUCAUUUUUCUCGUGAUAAUUACAUAAAACACUUUUUAUACUAAAGUGAGCAGAUACUCCCAGGAAUGAAAGUGAAUAUUUGUGCCAAGAUUGAAAUGCAACUUGAGACGCCGGAGAUAUUCCAUAUGCCAAGGUCAAGGCUUCAGGCUCAGCCCCCGACUCCCUGAACCACCCUCUUCUCAGACCUCUGCCUUUGGAGGGAUGUUGACCAGGGAAGCUCUGCUGCAGGGCCAGCUUCUGUGUGGAACCUUCCUGGAGGCCAAGAAAGAUGGCCUCUCCCCAGUUUGCCAUCCCACUGAAUUGCUUAGGAAGGUCAUCGAGUUUCUCUGGGCUAAGGUUUCUAAAUUCCCAACACAUAUCAAUCUAGGAUUGGGGAUUGAAAAAUGGGAAUUCUUAGGAAUUCCUGAAGUCAUGUUAUUCUGUAUUUUUCAUAACUUUCUAUAUUUUUUUAAUAAAUAAGAAAUAAACAUUUAGUGGUAGUUACAAAGAACUGUAGGCUAUAGCAAAUAUUCAAAACCAGGAAAAUACCAGAGAAUAUUACUGGGUAGUAUUUGGAUAACAAAAUGUUUAAACCUUCAGCAAGAUCAACUACACUACACAGAACCAUGUGUUGAAAUUGCCAAUUUAAGGACUUGUUUCUAAAACUUUUUACUUCUCAGAACAUCAUUCAUAGGAUUUGUAUAAGAUAUACAAUACAUGUAAACAGGUUAAUAUUUUAAUCUGUGAGAAUGACUCACUGUUAACAACAAGUAGGGCCACGAAUACGUUUUUUUAUUUGUUUGUUUGUGGUGGCUUGUGGGAUCCUAGUUCCCUGACCAGGGAUCGAACCCAGGCCCUCAGCAGUGAAAGCGUGGGGUCCUAAUCACUGGACCGCCAGGGAAUUCCCACGAAUACGUUUUUUACAUGGCAACAGCUACAAAAAAAAGACUGAUUAGUUGUGAUCACUUAUCUCCUAUGUACUUCGGUCCCAAGUUCCAGAAAUGUCUACCUUAACCUUGGACUCUGUCAGCAUUUCAUUCUUGUGCCGUGCUUUUUACUUGACAUCAGUGUAUUCCUUCAAACCAGGAAUUCCUCGAUGUUUAUUGUUAAGCAUUCGUUCUCACAGGAGAAUUAUAAUAGUUUUUCCUGUUUUCCCAAUUUUUUUUUUUUUUUUUUUGCGGUACGCGGGCCUCUCACUGCUGUGGCCUCUCCCGUUGCGGAGCACAGGCUCCGGACGCGCAGGCCCAGCGGCCAUGGCUCACGGGCCCAGCCGCUCCGCGGCAUGUGGGAUCUUCCCGGACCAGGGCAGGAACCCGUGUCCCCUACAUCGGCAGGCGGACUCUCAACCCCUGCGCCACCAGGGAAGCCCCCAAUUUCUUGACUGAUUGUUUUUGGGAUUCAGAAAAACACAAAUUUCAGGACUUCCCUGGAAGUUUUGCAUGCUGCAGGGUGCGGCCAAAACAAAAACACAAAUUUCCUGAAAAUGGUCGGGAAGGACUUCCUGCAUCAAAAUACUCUUCUGAGCUGAGUAGGGUUGGCAAGGCAAAUACGCUGCAGAAAUAAUUAUCCUGUAUAGCAUAAAGCCCAGUCACUGAAGUUUCAUGGUUUCAGGAACCUCAGAGUCAGAAGAUCCAAUUAUGGAUUCCAGCUCUGCCAGUUCCUGGUUGUGAGACCUUGGGCAAGUCACUUUACCUCUCUGAGCUUCAAUCUAAUGGAUAGAAUGCUACCUGCGAAAUAACUUGCUUGCUUUGUGAGGCGGUACUGAAGAAGGGUUAAAAGUGUGGCUUUGGAGUCAGACAGUCUGAGGUUUGAAUCUACUGCUUACUACCUCUUUGAUCUGGGGCAAGGUCUAACCACUCUGAGCCCCAUUUUUUCUCUUCUGUAAAAUGGAAAAACUGAUUGAACCCAUUUCAUAGGAUUUUGGUGAGUUCAAAUGAGAUCACCUAUAAAAACACUUAACACAGAGCAUGGUACAUUGUGAAUCCUUGAUGCGUGUGGACCAGUAUAGUUAUUAUCUGCUGUAUCUACUACCUCACAGGGCAGUUGUGAGGAUGAAAGGGAGGUUAUAUUGUGGAAGUGCUUUCUAAGCUGUGAAAUGGUCAUCCACACACUUCCCUUUCCUUCAGAGAUGAGAUGGCCAGAAGCUCCUGGCAGACGUCAGUGGUGUCUCCCAGUAAGGAGCCCAAGAAUACCUACCUGUACCCACAGAAGGUAGCUGUGUUGAGGAGGCAGUGUCACCAUGGUUACCUGGGAAAGAAGGUUUAGUUGCAAUCAGGUAGGCAAACUCCAGCAUCAUCUGACUGUGGGCACACUUUGGGGAAAGCCAGUUUUCAGAAGGAAGCUUUGGAGAAAGGACAAUAUUUAACAGAGCCUGCCCACCAUAGGUUGGUUUAAUAGGGAUCAAAUCAAGAGAAGGGGGCGUGUGAUAGAAGGUGGUGAGGGGCUGUUUGACUGUUGUCUGAAGCCCUCUUAUUGGCUGAACUUAGGAAACAAUUCUAUAAGCUGGAACCAGUGCAUCCCGCUCCUGCCAUGUGUGCACUUAUGAUGCUCAUUCAUUCUUAGACUGUGGACAAAACACGAAUCAAAGGGCUCUCCAAAGAUGAUCUCGUGUAAUCCUGACAGCAGCCCCAUAAAGUAAAUGCUAGCAUUACUCCCGUUCUGUAGCUGAGGGCUUGGAGUCUGGGAAAGUUAAGUCCAUCGCCCAAAGUCACAUAGCCUAUAUGUUGUGGAGUCAAGAUUCAGACCAAGUCCAAACGCUUAGCCUCCGCCAGGCUUCCUCAACUCACCGGGUGCCAGAUGCUGAGCUUGAACAAGGAAGAAGGAAACACAGACCUACAGGAUUCAGUGCCUCAAGGGGCCUCCUCUCUUGCCUUCUGUAACAACUCUCUCUCCCCAUACGAUGCCUACUUUUCUGGACACUGUUUCUUUGCCUCCAGGGAUGUUUUUCUCUGCUUAGCCCUUAAGUCCAGGUUUUCUGGGCCCCAUCCUUGGACUCUUUUCUUUUGUACAGGACUAUGAGAGAUCUUUAUGUCCACAGUUUCAGCUGCCAGUCAUCUCUCCUAUUUUUUAUUUUUUUAUUAUAUUUUUUUAAUUCUUUGGCUGCAUCAUGCGAUUUGUGGGAUCUUAGUUCCCUGACCAGGGAUCGAACCUGGGCCCUCGGCAGUGAAAGCACAGAGUCCUAACCACUGGACCGCCAGGGAAUUCCCCGUCUCUCCUUCUAAUCCAGACUGCCCCUCUAAGCACCAGCUCAAUCCAGCCAACUGCCUCCUUGACAUCCCCUCUGACGUUCCAGCCUCCCAACCAAAUUCAUCCUCUCCCCCUUAACAUGCCUCGCGUCCUGCGUUCCCCUUCCUCCUUACCAUGGCCUCCUAGUUUCAAAUACUGAUGUAGUGGUGAGGAACCCUAGAAGUCUUCCUAGAUAAAGCCUCUUGAGUCAGUUCUUGGGGCUGGAGAGGGACUGUGGGGUGUGUGCUUUGAGAGCUGCCAUGGGUUUGGCGGUGAACUUGGAGGGUAGAAUGCAUCGUUUAAUCAGCUGUCUGCUAAGUGCCUGGCAGUGGGCCUGGUCUAAUAGCAGGGGUCGAGGACACAAUCAUGAAUGAAACAGACAGGAUCCCUGGCUUCAGGGAGCUUUCAGGCCACUAGAGAAGACGGACCUCAAGCAAUCCUCCCCAAAUACCAGCUCUUACAAACUGUGACAAGUAUCAUGAAGGAAACGUUCAGGGUGCUAUGAAAGAACGUGGUAAAUCUAUAUUGGGUGGGGGGAGGGGGUCAAAGGCCAUUUGGAGAAAGUGACAAUUACUAUAUUCCUGAGAACUGAGUUGAGGGAAGAGGAUUCCACAUAGAAGCAACCGUAGGUACACACACAAAGACCCAGAGGUGGACAAGAAUGCGGUGUGUUGGGAAAACUGAAAGGCAACUCGUGUCUAUGGCUCUGAGUAUGCUGGGGCAUGUGGGCAAGACAAGACUGGCCUGGUUGGCUGGGGACGGUGGCAGGUGCCUUGUGGGCCAUGGUAAGGAGCCUGGAUUUUUUGGUUUAACUUUUUAUUUGGAAAUAAUUUUGAAGCUACAGAAAAGUACGAAGGGCAUCCGUAUGUCCUCUACUCCAAACUCAUCUGUUAAAAAUUACUUGUUCUCCCUCUAUAUGUAGUAUAUACAUGUGACUUUUAUUCUGAACUAUUUGAGAAUAAGUUGCAUACAUCUUGUUCUCUUACCCUUAAAUUCUUAGAAUUUCCUGCCCCAGUGCAGUACAGUUAUCCACUUCACUAAAUUUAACAUUGAUGCAAUAUGGUACCUAAUUUACCAUUCACUUUGUCAAUUGUCUCAAUAAUAUCCUUGAUGUAGUAUUUUCCCCUCUAGUCCAGAAUCCAGGCUAGAAACGAUGUAUUGCAUUAAGUUGUCAUUUCUCUUUAGUCUCCUUUAACCUGGAAUAGUUAGCCUUUGUCUUUUAUGACAUUGACAUGGUAGAAAAAUGCCGUCUUCCCCUUUAAUAGAAUGUUCCUCAUUUGAGCUUUGUCUACUGUUUCUUCAUUAUCAUAUAUGGGUUAAGAAUUCCCGGCUGGAAGACUGCAUAAAUGUUGUCGUAUCCUUCUCAGUGUGACAGCAAGAGGCACACUAUGUCUGUCUACUCCUUAGUGAUUUUGUCUGAUUUCUCCAAUCUCUAGUUAAAAUUUUUCCCUCAUAACUGAUAAGCCGUCAGGGAGAUACAUUACAACCAUGCAGCUACCCUAUUCCAUAGAUUAUUAAAUAGGUGAGAUUGAUUAUCUCUUCAUGAUUCUUGCCUGAAUCAGAUCAGUCUUUAUUACGAUGGUUACAAAAUGAUGACUUCAACUCCAGGACUCCCUCCACUUGACAUUCUUCUGCCUACUUAUUUAAUAUUUAUUAGUAGUAGGGACUUUGAGAUUUAUAUUAUUUUCCAAUAGUUUUAUAGUUAUUAACCUUACUUAUUUUGGUGCUCAAAUUGCUCCAGAUUUGGGCAGUGGGAGCCCCUUAAAACUAGAAGCCUGGUUUUUAUCCCCACUUCAGUGGAGUAGCAUGAUUCUGUUUGCACAUAUGACCAGCUUUUAUUGUGUGACAGGGUGUCGUAGGGGCACAGACAUAGGGAGACCUGAUGGGAAGCUCUUGUGUAGUUCAGGAGGGAAACGUGGCUUAGACUGAGGCGGUGACAUAUUGGAUGGAGAGAAUGGAUGGACGUUGGAGGAACUUUGGUGGUAGAAUCAGCAGGACUUAGUGGGUGCAGAUGGGGGGUGAAUGUGUGAGAGGUCAGAGAGGGAGAAGUCAGGAGUGACCGAAGUGGCUGCAGGGAUGGUGGAGUCGUUUACUGACGUGGGAAAGACAAGCAGAGUGAGGGGGUCGGGUGGGAUGGGUAUUUUAGACAGUUGAGUUUGAGAUGUCUUUGACAUCUGAGCGAAGGAGUCAAGUAGACAGUUGGAUAUAUUGUUCUGCAGCUGAUGAGAGAAGUCCAAACCAGAAGAAAAUUUAGGACUGCCACAGAUGGAUGAUUUCUGAAUCCAUGGUCCUGGAUGAAAUGCUGUGAGAGGGAAGUGUAGAGGAGAGAGAGGGAUCAGGCAGGGGAAUCCUGAGGGAGUUCACUGUUUAGAGGUCUGGAGGUGCACGGCAGGAGAUGGCAAUGGACGGGUCUGUGGGGUCAGAUCCCAUGGAGCCUGGAAUGUCAGGCCAAAUCCUGAAGGCUCUGGGAAAGCAUUGAAGGGUUCUGAGUAGGGAAGUGAGUGACAGGGAAUGAUUUGAGUUUUAGAAAGAUCGUUCUGAGAGCCAAGCGGGGAUGAUUUGGAAGGUCAUGACAGUAGCUAAUGCUACGGUUCUUUCUAAAGUAAAUCGGUUUCUCUGUUGCCACUGGAACUUGCUCAGGUGGCCACCUGCACCUAAAUGCCCUCUCCUUGUCCAUCUGGGCACAAAAAAAGAUGAACCGAACAUCUGCCCCAGCUGCACUUAUCAGUCCCAGGUAAUGUGACAGCAAACCCCCAUCUCCUUGCCUCAUUUUGGCUGGAGGCUAUUUUUUGGGGGGGCGGGGGGUUUGAACCUUUUGAGCCAGGCGAAGUGUAGGUGUGCAGGGGAUGGUCUCUGAGGUUUGUGAGAGUCUGUUUAGGGACCGUGAUCCUCUGACCCGGCCUGCUUUGAGUUUAGCGUGGUCUCUGCCCCCUGGGCAACUGCCCAUUUAAACCUGUAUGUCGUCCCCUCCCCACACCCACACAUGCAGGGGGAGGUGGGUCGCGUCUGGAAGAACAUCUCAGUGCAUCCUCUCCUUAGCAGGGGUGGUGCUGUGCAGGGGACCUGCAGUUCUGCCCAAAGGGUGUCGGUACCUGUUUGGAUGGAGACACAAACAACCAAAAGCGGACAUUUUAAGAGGCCAGAGGGAGGGGCAGAUGCUCUGGAAGCCCAGGAAAGGCAAGAUUGUUUCUAGUUGGAGAAAUCAGGAAAGGUCCCCUGAGAAGGCGGCAUUUGAAUCAGGCCUUGAGGGUAGAGGAUUAUUCUGUGGAAAAGAGGAAAUAAAAAAAAUCAAAGUCCUGCGUCCUCAUAUUUUAUUGACAUUGUCAACACAGUCGUUAUUGGUUGCAUAAAUAUCCUGUUAGGCAGAUCCUCCAUUGUUAGUUCUCUGACUGUUGGAAUAAUUCAUACCAGGCCUCGUGACAUUGGCUUGGGGCUUGGGGCUGGGCACUGGGGACAGAAGCAACUUGGGACCAAAUGCAACUCAGGAAUCAGUGCUUGAGCCCACCCGCUCAUUCUUCCAUUCAGCAAGACCCACCACAUCCCAGGCCCGAGGCUACGACAACGAUGAGGAGGACAUGGUUCCUGUUCUGAAGACGUCACGUCUGCUAGAAAGGGAGCCACAAGUGGAGAGAAUUUAUUGUAGGGCACGGGUAGAUGCUGCCGUAGAGGCACAGCGCGUACAAGAAGCGUGCUGACACAGAAAGGGGCUGAAGGGAGCUGAGGCCUCGGGAGCAGAUGAGUAUAUCAGGCAGAGUGGGACAGCGAGAAGCGGGGGAGGUCUGAGGACACACGUCAGAGGACCAAGUUCACAUGGAGCACAGCAACAUACUUCUCUGUCCACAGGUCAGAAGGCACAUCUCUCCUACUCAGGCUUCUGGGCAUAUUCAUUUUUUCUGUUUUCUAUUUCAAAUAUUUCCUUUCCCAUUUUGGGGGUGGGGGAGUGUUUUAUACUCUUUUCCAAAAUCUCAACUUGCAUGCUUAAUUCAUUUGUUUUAUUUUUCUCUUUUUGACACUAAAAGUAUUUAAUGCUAUUAAUUAUGCCUCUGCAGAUAGCUCUGACUGUAUCCUUUUUUAAAAAUUAUUAUUAUUUUCUAAAUAGGUUGCUUUUUAUCCUUGAUUUACUUCUUGUCCUAAGGGUACUUUGAGAUGUUAUUUAUGUUUUUCAAUUUCUGAGUGGUGUGUUUUAUGUUAUUGUUAGUUCUACUGCAUUUUGAUCCGAGACUGACUUCUAGAAUUCCCACUUUUCAAAAUUUACCAAAAUAUUCUCUGUAGCUUAAUAUUUAUUGAAUUUUAUCACUGUCCAUGAAACUUGAAAUGAAGGUACACUGUUUUCAGGGUCAAAAAUUUAUAUGUUCCUAUCUUUUAUGUCCUUAUUUAUUUUUUGAUUAUUUGUUUGGAAAACGUGUUAGGAUAUUUCCAAUAAAAGUGUUUCUCAUGUU